AUGACGCAAAGUCAAGCGUCAAUCAAACUGCAUGUAGCUGCUCUGGUCAGUCUAUGGAAACAGCAGAAAUACAAAGGCAUGAACAGUCAUCCUCAUCCGCGCUCGGCAGCAAUGAAAAGCCUUUUGUUAGUCUUAAGACGAGUAGAUGAACAAACGAAAAGGGAAAUGUUUAUCGAUAAAACAAGUAAUACAAUUUUCGACGGAUAUCAAAGUAGAAAACAAAUUGAGGAUUGCUUCAGUGCUUACGUCUCUCGAAAUACCGAGCAAGGCCUCCGUGACGCUGUUGCUCACGCUCUAGGCCUGUACGUGCUCUACCGGGGCGAUAACCAACGAGGCAUGGAACUUUCAGAUUUGGCGUACACUGUGUGGGAUAACGAGGGACCAACACCCAUGUUAGUUGUUGUGUGCGUUAGUAGACGUGGAAAAGUCAACAAGCAUGGCAAAGUAGAGUAUUCGGGGUUAAUACGCAACAAAGACGUUUUCAUGUGUCCUGUGGGGAUCUUAGCAGUUUACUUAUUUCAGGCCGGCAGCCUUGGAGACAAUGGAUUUCCCAACCUUGCUUCUCGUGAGACGUGGUACAACGAUAAACUCCUCCAACAUUCAAUAUAUUCUCGUACAGAUCAACUCACGUAUAAAGCACAAUAUGAUUCAAUUACUCAGGCUCUUAAAAGCGCUCAAGUUAAUACGGGAAAGAAGACACAUAUCAAUAGAGCCGGAGGAGCUCAGCUCGCAGAAAGUGAAGGUGUAUCAGCUCAAGAUAUUGCGCGUGCAGGCCAUUGGAAUCAAGAUGUUUUGGAAAAUGUCUACUUGGGUCAUAUGCCUCGUUCAGUAUUACGUGCAUUGGCCGGGUUUAAGCCUUAUGGAAGCCAAGACUAUUACCUUCCGCGUGAUAUUCCUGUACCGGACACUUUACAGAGAAUGGUAUUUCCUUCUCUUGAAAAAUGGUAA